AUGGCUGCUCAAGGUGCUGCAGAGCAUGUUUAUGCUACGCUUCUUCUAAGCGAUUCCUAUCUUCCUGGCGCACUCGUUCUCGCUCACUCUCUUCGCGAUGCAGGAGCCAGUCGCAACCUAGCAGUAUUGGUCACACUCGAUACCGUGUCCGCUGACUCCAUUACGCAGCUCAAGAGGGUAUACGACUAUAUCUUUCCUGUGCCGCGCAUUCGCAAUGACCACCCGGCCAAUCUGUACCUAAUGAACCGUGGCGACCUGCAUUCAGCGUUUACCAAGAUCAAUCUAUGGAAACUCACACAGUUUUCCAAGAUUGUCUACAUUGACGCCGACGUGGUAGCAUAUCGAGCUCCUGACGAGCUUUUCGACACUCCCCAUCCCUUCGCAGCUGCCCCCGACAUUGGCUGGCCAGAUCUGUUCAACACUGGUGUCAUGGUUUUGGAACCCAAUAUGGGCGACUACUACGCUAUGAUUGCCAUGGCUGAGAGAGGAAUUUCCUUUGAUGGCGCCGACCAAGGCCUCAUCAACAUGCAUUUUGGUCAACGGUAUCAUCGAUUGAGUUUCACUUACAACGUCACACCAUCUGCGCACUACCAAUACAUUCCGGCGUAUCGACACUUCCAAUCAAGUAUUAAUAUGGUGCAUUUCAUCGGAUCCAACAAGCCAUGGUUCACUGGCCGAGACGCCCCUUCUGGCAACAACCCCUUCAGUGAGAUGACAGGACGAUGGUGGGCAGUCUACGAUAGGCAUUACCGACAUCAAGCCACUCACACCAUGCAUCUCAGGAGGAUCAAGGCCCAGGACAUCAUCACUCAGAAGGAUCUGGGCACCAUGAAGGAUCGCAGCAUGGUGGCGGAUAUCGUGAUGCGUCAGAUUCUGGUUCGGCCCAUAAUGAUCACCAUCCUGUUCCUCCUAGUGGUCAGCCAGUCUCAGCUCCUGGGCAUCACCAUGAACAGCAUAACGGACAGCACGCUUCUGAACAUCAGCACCAUCACCACGAAGAACCAAAGAACGAGCCACCCCCGAUUACAAUGCAUGAUUGGGAUGCUCAGAGCCCCUUUCAUUCCGCCUGAACGAUACCCAAGUCCUCCAAAGAACAUGUGGUAUGAAGUGCCAAAGGAGAGGCCGGCCCCAAGAUCAAAGCCAGCUCCGGAGAUCUUUCCGUGGGAACGCAACCGACCUCGCCCAACCAGAUCAUUCAUUGGGGAACCAGAACCACCGGCGCCUGAACCAGAGCCUACACCUGGGGAGUCCAGCUCAGACCCUAGCACAGGGUCUACAACACAGCUUUCAGUGACAACUGAAGGUCUUACAGAGUCUUCUGAGGUGACAGCAUCGGGAUCUGGGGCGAAGAACGAGUCGAGUACAUCUACUCCAAUAGUGCAGAUUACCCCAUCAGACCCUUGGACGUCAUACACACGCACAAACGCCUGGGAUGAGGUGCCUGAGAUCGAGCGGUACGUUGAUCGGCUUCAUGGUGGUCAUCGACGUGGUAAGAGUUCGACCUCUACGAUAGGGCGUGUGAAGAGCCCAUCAAAUGGUGCAUGGAGAGACGAUCGGAGCAACUUUAAGAACCGCGGGCUGAAACUCACCGAUUUCCCGAGCGCUACAGAACGCCCCAGCUUGCCGGUCACACCAGCCCCGAUUCAUCGGCACUCGUUCUGGGCGGGAGACGACGGGGAACACGAGGACGAGGCAGCAAAGAAGCUUCCUGAGGCUGAAGGCGUGCCUACGCAGUCUGACUGGGAUCCGCUGGCACAGCUCCAGAAGCUUGCUAAGCAGCAAUCGGAUGCGUUGUUAAAGAAGCUCGGUGGCGAAGGAGACGAGAGUCGAGAAGGAGGAGUGGGUCGAGAGAUUCCAACACGUUCAUUGCCCUUUGGUUCGGGUGAUGCCAAGUCACCUACCUAUGUCGCGCAGUCUGCUGCAGGCGUGCUCAGCCCACAGCCGGUGAAAGGCGAAAGGUCGGCAGGCAUCUUGCGUGACAUGAGCAGUGGCCGCCUCGAACCUGAAUCACUUUCGCAAUCGACUACGAUUCCCGAGCCGAGCUAUACCGGGCCUGGCGCUGCCUGGGAGAAGGAUGAAGAUAUACCGCAAUAUGAGACAACCCUGCCACCUAAGGAGGAGGAGCUAGAUGCUCUUAACGCAUAG